ACCACCCUAUCCGUCACCAUCGUCUCAGCUCUCUCUCAAUCCGACCAACACACCACCUUCCUUCGAUUACUACAACGGGCAAAAUGUAUACCCAUGCUGGCUCAUAUGGCCAAUGCGACCAUCUUCGCACCUACCAACAAGGCUUGGGAUGAAUGGGCGAAGGCUCAUCGGCCUGAUACGUCAGAUACGAGGGCAUUCGGCUGGUUGGGUCACGAAGGGCUGGAUGAGUGGAACAAAGAUGAGACCGCUAUCUCUGAAAAUCAUAAUAUCCUAUCUAGAUUCUGGGAUAUCAGGGGGGAGGUCGCCAUGGAUAAUCAUAACUGGGCAUUGAGACAACACCUCCUUUACCAUCUUCUCAACUACACCUUACCCCCUUCCCACCUCUUAGCCAAUGAAUCCACCUCCCACAAUAUAACCACUGAAACCACCCUUCUUUACCCCAUGUUAUCACAACCACCUUUGCCACCCGUCCCUGAGCCUGGUCCUCCCUGGCUGCCUCGCGGAGGAGAAGGUUUGUUAGCGGGACAUGGACAGAGACUUCGUGUGGCAAAAGCUAAAUCUGAGGCAGGAGGACAACGAGGGAGAGUGGGAGUUGAUUGGAACGGAAGUGGAGGUGUGGAAGUGUGGGACGGAAGUGGGUGGAAAGAGGACAACAACACCGAGGUCGAGGAUCGGAGUGAUCGACCUCACGAGGGGAUUCGAUGGGUUCAAAAUGGUGUGGUCAUCGGUGUUGAAGGAGUGUUGGACAUGCCCGCGUCUAUCGAUGAGAUCAUUCGAACUCGACCUGAAUUAUCGUACCUAUCUCGACUGCUUCCACCCGAUCUUCCUGCCCCUCUACCUGACUCUUUGCACAACACACCUCACUUGACUGUUUUCGCACCCAGUAACGAUGCUUUCAGCUCUACAUUGGAUAACCUCGAGAAGGGAUAUCUGGAGUCCGAUUUCGGAGCAGAGGGCGUUGGACGGGUGGUGGCUGGUGGUGUGAUACUGGAAGUCAAGAAUGGUGUCGGCUGGGCAGACACAUGGGAUGAAAAGCCUCGGCAGGUCCAGGCCAUCUCCGGGCAAAACAUUUCAAUCGCUUCUGCCUCGAAUGGCAGUCUUAUCGUCAAUGGCUCGACAACCUCCACCACAGACGCUGUGGAUAUAUUUGCAUCAAAUGCAGGUGUUGUACAUAUCGUUCCAACACUUUUACUGCCCGACAAUUUCACUCUUCUCAAUUCCGCUGAGAAGAUGCUAGUAUCACUUAAUGCCACACGUUUUGUCGGACUGUUAAGAUCGGCGAACCUUUCUUCGACCUACGUCGGUGAACCUGGCAAAGAAGGCAACGACCAAGCAUGGACAUUUCUCGCCCCCACAGAUGAAGUCUUGGAGUCUCUGGAUAAAUGGGGAAGCAUCGCUCAACUCACACGUCUACAGUCGGCCAGUUGGACCCCUAAAAUCACAGCAUGCGACCCUUUGCAUGAUGCUAGUCCUCUGGCUCAGCUGUUGCAAUAUCAUAUCCUACCUGGUCGCUUGCUUCCAAAAGAUGUGGAGGAUGGAAUGUUGCUGGCCACUGAGCUGCGUACCACGGCUUUGUCCGGAGGGCGACAAAGGUUAAGGGUAGAUGUUUCCGAGACCCUUGGAGAGAUCGGAGGCAAGUGGAAAGAAGUAGAGGGAGAAAUACGCUUCGGAGGAGCCACAGUAGUGGGGAAGCCUGUCAAAUCCGGCAAAAGCAUCAUCUACCUCAUUUCCAAACUUCUUGCUCCGCCUGAUGACGUUCUUCAGACCGCUGUCUCAAACUUGCAACUAUCCACCUUUGUCGCCGCCGUCUACGCUGCCGAUUUGGACAAAUACGUCAAACAUACUCCGGCCGCGACACUCUUCAUCCCUCGCAAUCGCGCUUUUGGCGCACUCGGUCUAGCGAUGAAGUACCUCCUUCUAUCCGAGGGGAAAGAUGAACUACGGAAAUUGGUUAAAUAUCAUAUGAUCCAACAAAUCAUCUACACGCCUGAUCUUGAACUUGGCCGUCAAGUAUACCCCACACUCGAAGGAGGAGAGAUCAUCUUACGUCGGACUAGCAAGUCGAGUUCCGAGACUCCUGAACAUGACGACAACGAGAAUAAUCGGAUUUACAAUAUGACUUUAUAUCUCCAAUCACCCACGAAAUGGCAAGAUCACGAUUCUGGCAAAGAUCUUCCGGCGAAUGGAGAGCUUCGACCGGCCAGAAUUGUCGGUAUCGAUGCUCUCACGCAGACCGGAGUGAUACAUACCAUCGACGAAGUGGUGAUGCCAGCGGAUAUCGACAUAAACAUUGGGAAACUCGUCAGGGGCAGCAAACAAACCACUAUGGCUGAAUUGCUGGUGAAAAGUGGCAUGGGUUGGAUUCUUCAAGGACGUGAACCGACUGAUAAAGAAGUUGUUUCCGCAGGUUUAGAAGGGAUUGUCAGUCCGGCGCCCCUUGAAGACUCUCCGGACGAUGAAUCGGCCGAAAAAUAUUCCCUAGCAAUGCCAGCGUACACACUGCUAUGUCCUACAGAUAAAGCGUUCUCGAGGCUCAACAUGACUUAUUAUCUUCAAAAUCCCGAUCAGCUACGUAAACUUCUCAAACUUCAUAUCAUCCCAACCCAGCGUCAGACCAUGUUAGGUCGGGCGGACAGACCAAAGUCAGUGGAAGGACAACCUAGGGAUGGCAGACCGUUGGCCUUGGACGAUGAUGCGGUGUAUGCUACAUUAUUAACACGGGAAAGCAAGUACGGAGAAGUAGCUUUCCGCGCUACGGGGGAUAACAGUUUUCUGGUGGGUAUAAGAAACGCACGUAGCUCGAACGGUGUGAGUGGGGAAGCGGCGAGGAUAGGUCAGAGUGGAAGGGCAAGUGUGAGAUGGAGAAAACAGUAUGGAAAGGAGAUCAAUGUGAGGGCGGAGUUUAUACGAGAAAAGAAUGAUGAUGAGGAGGAGGAUGGACAAGAGAGAGAUAGGUUGUGGGAAGGAGGAAUGACCUUAGGUGGAGGGGUCGUGAUGCUUGAUGGGGUUUUGUUACCUUAUGAACCUAGCUGGUUCUCUCGUUGGGGAUGGCUGGUGGUCACACUAUCAGGUAUCGGUGUGUUGCUCAUCAUCACUGCUACCAGCGUGGGAUGGUGGUGGUUCACUAGGGGUAAACACGAAUAUGCUCCGUUGGAGGGAGAAGAGGAAGAGUGA